AUGACACCCACCGUCUUGUCACGCGUCCGCUCGAGCUCCGCUGUCUAUGGGACCGUGGACUCGGGACUGCUCGCCGCGUCGCAGCAAGUCCCGUCGUCCGCCUAUCUCUUUAAGUUUCUGGUGCUCACUCAAGUGUUCAUGUACCUCGAAGCGGGCGCUGUGCCCUCGCUACUGCAGCAGUUUACGCUCACUUUUCGUCUGAGUCCACAGGAGCAGGGGGUCCUUGGAGCUGUUGUCUAUAUCUCCAUCUCACUCGCGUCUCCAUGGUGCAGCACACUCUUUCGCCGCUUCGAUCCACGCCAGCUCCUCGGUGUCUCGCUCGUGGUCAAUAACCUCGCUGUGCUGGGCUUUGCGUGCGCCCCUACUACAGCCUGGUACUCCAAGCUACUCCUCAUUUCGCUGCGUGGCUUCAUCGGCUUGUCUCAAGCGUUCAGCUGUGUGUACUCGCCGCUGUGGGUUCACGACUACGCACCGAAGGCCAAGCGUGGUGCCUGGAUGAGUUACCUGCAAGGUGCAGUGCCCGUUGGCAUUACGCUAGGCUACUUUGCCGGUUCCGUUGCUAUUUGGUCAGCUUCACUGGGAUCAGAAGCGGAUACGGCAUCAGGGCACGGUAUCUUAUCCACUCUGUCAGAAAUAGUGCUGGCAGUCAAGACAAGCAAACCUACUGACAUUGUCGACGGCAUGGACGAUGCAGCCAAGAGGUUGUGCUACGGUAUCUACUGCUGGCGCUGGCCAUUUCUCACGCAAUUUGCGCUUAUUCUCCCGCUCUGUAUCAUGAUUUUUCUUGUGCCUCGGGAGCAUGUUCGACUCCGCUCGACUCGUCGUCACUCUUUUGUGAUUGUGGAUGCUGAAGAGGACGGAGAUACAACUUUUGAGCAAAACACGACGUAUGGUGAUGACAUGCGUGUUUUGAUCAGUCACCAGAGAAAUGGCAACACCUCGAAUAGCUACUGUUCGCGAUCAUCGGAGUCGCACGAACAAGACGAAAAGUCGUCGAGAUGGAGCGAUUUGCGGCUGCUGCUUCAGCAGAAAGUAUACGUGUACAUUGUCAUGGGACUGUCGGGUUUAUUUUUUGUGGUCGCGGGCAUCCAGUUCUGGACGACGCUAUACUUGGAGACCAAUACGAAGGACUCGAUAUACGAGAUUCACGUGGCGUACUUAUUGGUAAGCGGCACUGGACCCAUCACGGGUGUCUUCUUUGGCGGUUGGCUGAUCGAUCAGUUCGGUGGCUACUCAGGCCCAUACCAUCAGAAGCAAGCACUGCGCGUAUGCAUGGUACUUGGAGGUGUUGGCUGCCUUGUGGCUUUACCUGUGUCAUUUGUCCACACUACCUUCUACAUCGCGGUAUUCCUAUGGCUGAUGCUGUUCUGUGGGGGUAGCAUUCUUCCAGCCUGCUCCGGCAUUGUCAUAUCGGCAGCCCCACGGCGAUUGCGUCCACUAGCAUCCUCAGUUGCUUAUGCCAGCUACAAUCUCUUUGGGUAUGCAGCGUCGAACUACAUCCCAGGCUUGAUCAUGGACUUCAUCAUCAAUCCGGUGGUAGACGUGGAUGCCGGUGCCGGUGGUCUUGCAAGUGUUGACUCGUGCAAUGCUGCCUGUACAUACCGCGUUGGAUUCCGAAUUGUUCUACUGUGGAGUUUCUGCGCCUUCUUUUGCCUUACUUGUGGCUUUGUCGAGUCGGGCCGGAACUACAUUGCAACAGCCCCUGCACAUUAG